GUCCGCUGGGAGAAAGGCAGGAAUGGCAGAGUCCAGGGCCCUGCCCACCGGUUUCGGGGAGCUGGAGGUGCUGGCCGUGGGGAUGGUGCUGCUGGUGGAAGCUCUCUCCGGUCUCAGCCUCAAUAGCCUGACCAUCCUCUCUUUCUGCAAGACCCCGGAGCUGCGGACUCCCAACCACCUGCUGGUGCUGAGCCUGGCCCUGGCGGACAGCGGGAUCAGCCUGAACGCCCUCGUUGCAGCCACGUCCAGCCUCCUCCGGCGCUGGCCCUACGGCUCAGAGGGCUGCCAGGCUCACGGCUUCCAGGGCUUUGUGACGGCGUUGGCCAGCAUCUGCAGCAGCGCAGCCGUCGCCUGGGGGCGCUAUCACCACUACUGCACCCGCAGCCGACUGGACUGGAACACAGCCGUCUCCCUGGUGUUCUUUGUGUGGCUGUCUUCCACCUGCUGGGCAGCACUGCCCCUCCUGGGCUGGGGCCACUAUGACUACGAGCCGCUGGGGACGUGCUGCACCCUGGACUAUUCCAAGGGGGACAGAAAUUUCACCAGCUUCCUCUUCACCAUGGCCUUUUUCAACUUCCUCCUGCCCAUCUUCAUCACAGUCAUAUCCUAUCGGCUCAUGGAACAGAAACUCGGGAAGGCUGGCCGUCCCCCGGUGAACACCGUUCUGCCGGCCAGGACGCUGCUGCUCUGCUGGGGCCCCUACGCCCUCCUGUACCUGUACGCAGCCAUCGCGGACGUGACCUCCAUCCCCCUCAAGCUGCAGAUGGUGCCUGCUCUCAUCGCCAAAACAGUGCCCACGGUCAACGCCAUCAACUACGCCCUGGGCAGUGAGAUGGUGCACAGGGGAAUCUGGCAGUGCCUCUCGCCACAGAGGAGAGAGCGGGACCGAGAGCAGUGAGCCUCUCCGGGGGGCUUGCUCAGACCCAGGCCUACCCCGGCCACCCUGGGCUGAGCCCCACGCGGGACGCUGCCCCCGGGAUCCUGCCAGCCAGGCUCCAGACACUCAUCCACCAUCCCGGAUGGCUCGUUGAGCCUGGCCCCGGGCCGGACACAGGGGAUUCAGAGAGAAACCAGGCUGCGUGGAAGGAGCUGGGGCUUCAGAGCCAGACAGCGCUGUGUGCUGGUCACAGCCCUCCACACAGAGGCUGAGAGAUCUUGGGAAAGCCACGCUCUCUGAACUGAGCUUCCUGACCCCUAGCAUAAGGAUAGUAACACAGACCCCGGGUCUGCUGUGAGGCUGGAACAUGCUAACAUGUACGCACCACACACAUAGACGUUGCUCAUUAAAAACAGCUGUUAGGACCCAGAGUCUUACAUAGAAAGGGCUGAAAGGCCCGGCUUUACUUGUGGAGGCUCAACCUAGGCGGACAGUGUUCAGACAGCCACCUAUUAAAUCAUGGUCUCUUGCAAGUGACUUACUCUU